CGCAUAAAAAACUAGUCCAAUCUAGGGCCCGAAAAGAUCAGAAGAAUCCGGCGGCGGCUCCAGGUUUGCGGUCGAUGCUGCGCGCGGGAGGCAGGCGGCUCCUCGCCCCGGGGCUCCGGCGGCUCGGGCUCGGCGCGGGCGCCGGCGAGGCGGGCCCAGCGGCGGGGUUGAGGGCGUACCACGAGCGGGUGGUGGACCACUACAACAACCCGCGGAACGUGGGGUCGUUCGACAAGGACGACCCCAAUGUCGGCACCGGGCUGGUCGGCGCGCCGGCCUGCGGCGACGUCAUGAAGCUGCAGAUCCGCGUCGACGAGGGCUCCGGCAAGAUCGUCGACGCCUGCUUCAAGACCUUCGGCUGCGGCUCUGCCAUCGCGUCCUCCUCCGUCGCUACUGAAUGGGUGAAGGGAAAAGAAACGGAGGAAGUUUUGACUAUCAAGAACACUGAGAUUGCAAAGCACUUGUCGCUUCCACCAGUAAAGCUCCACUGUAGCAUGCUUGCCGAAGAUGCAAUCAAAGCUGCUGUGAAAGACUACGAAGCAAAGAAGGUGAAGCUGGGGCCAAAGGGUGAAGACAGCCCUGAGAAGAUUGCUGAAGCCUGAAUGUGAAGUUUCUGCCAUGAAGAAUAUGGAGCUGAUAUUUUUUGACUAUACGCCAUGCGUUUCCAAAGAUAAAUGCUUCUGUUCGUGAGGUGGGAAAUAGUGUGUAAUGUUCACAAACUCUGGUAAUGCAGCAUGUAUCAUAUGGAUGGAGGCGAACAAUUUAUAAUAAAUUUGCUCUCAUCUUAGAAAAAAAAAGUAUGUGCAUAUAUUAGAGUUGUGUCUGGAAGUGUUUAUGUCGUACGUACUUACGGAAUUACGGUCGCCCUGUACACAAAUAUCCUUUUUUAUUAUCGUCCUCAACUUUCUUUAGGUGGAAAAUGAUAAUCGUGUGCUGUUCUCUUC